AUGGCAACCAUGAAUGUUGGUUCUAGCGACAUAACCAACCAGGAUGAAAUAGCGCGCGAAAUGGCAAGUGCGAUUGCAGACGAUUCGUCGACAAAAACAAGUUCAAAUUUUGACCAAGGAGAGCUAGGUCAAAGUACUAAUCUUGUGUCUAGCGAGUCGGGAAGUUUUGUACGAAUUUCAACAACAGAAGGGGGUAAAGUUGCUGCUUCACAGGCGGCUAAAACUGGCACGGUUGCUUUAAAUUUUGGCGAGGGAAGUGGACCAGUAAUUCAAGAUGACAGCAGCCAAGUUUCAAGUCAAGGUGUUUGGGGGUGGAUAAGCAGUGCUGUUGGAAGUGAUAUUGUUGAAACCACUCAGAGAUUGGGCAGAAAUCUUGUGAAAAAAACUAAGGUAGUGUGCAAAAGAUUGUGUUGUUCAAUAAGCUGUUGUGGUUUGUGUUUGAACUCCCCGCGAAAAUUCUGUCUCUAUUUAUUUCCACCAUCCUGGGAAGGCCGGGCAAACCCCCAGGCAUUGGGUACUUCCUCAGGUAGAAGAAUUUGCAUCACAGAUUACGUCAUCAGUUAGUUAUAGUGAUUAGUGUUGAGGUUAGGGUUAGGGAAAGGGUUAGAUUAAGGAUUAGGCUUAGAGAUAGGGAUUGGGUUAUAUCUGACGCCACAAACAACACAACUAGCCUAUCAUGUGAUCAGUUCUCUCCCCAAGGAACUAGUCCAGGCAUUUGUAAUUUUUUCGUGUCAAACUGCCCACCCUCAGAUGGGGAAAACAAGUCAAAUACUCCGGGCAGGGAUAUACCAAACCAAAUUAUGUAUUAAAAAGAAGACAAGCAUGCACUCACUCCAUUAAUUAGCACUCCAAUUCGUUGAGUUGCAAAAAGCUAUUAAUUCUUCCAUUGCAUACUAGUAUAUUAAAAGCUUGAGUUCUAGUGCUCAUAUAAAAUGAACAUUGCAUGCAUUACAUUAUUCAGCUCACCCCCCAUUGGUCAGUGUUAGCCAGUAACGAAGUAAAUUUACUUCGUUAAUUUACUUAAGUAAAAAAAAUCAGUAUUUACUUGUAACGAAGUAUUUUUUUAAUGAAGUACUUUUUACUUGUAACGAAGUACGAUUUUUGGUAAAUAUUUACUUUUUUACUUCGUUACUUUUGUUAUAUUUUGGCGAAGUAAAAAAGUAUUUCUCAAAGCGGUGAGUGGAUUGGAAUACAUAUAUAUGGAGAUAUUUAAAGAUGAAAGUUGUUUUACCACGUUACUUACACGUCUGAGUGUUCUAUUCCUACUUAAACUUUGCGAAUUUAUGUUCUAUUUCAGUAGUACUUUUACUUAAGUAUAUUUUCCCAAUACUUUUCUUUUACUUAAGUAAAAUGUUCAGGCUGUACUUUUACUUUUACUUAAGUAAAAUUUUCAGGCAAUAUUUUUACUUUUACUUAAGUAAAAUUUUCAAUCAAUACUUUUAGUUCUACUUAAGUAAAAAUUGAGGUGUUACUUUUAACUUUUACUUAAGUAAAUAUUUUGAGUACUUUGCUGAAUACUGCCAUUGGUGCUUUUCAGUGACCGAUCACAUCAAGUAUUACGAUUAUUUAUGUUAUUUACUUAUAGACUAUUUAUCUUUACAACAAUUGAUAUAUUACUUUCCUAACUGUGUUUAUCCUAAUCCACCCUGACAACUUGCCCUGUGGGAGGAAACCAGAGAAAACCCACAGCUUUUGGCAUAGCGUUGACUGACUCUUUUCCACAAACUCAGAGGUGAAAGCAGUGGCGUAGCCAGAACGAUAAUUGGGGGGGGGGAGCAUAUUCAUAUAUUUGUGUUCACAUACCAUAAAAACAAUUGAUUUCAAAAGAAAUUAAUAAAGCAGAACACAAAUAUAUGAAUAUCCCCCCCCCCCCAAUUAUUGUUCUGGCUAUUCCACUGGGUGAAAGGCACUUGCUCUGACGCCUGCGCCACUGAAGCCCCGGAACCACAGAAAGCUUGGGUAUGAGAUUUGCACGAAACCAGAAAUUAAAGAAUUAAAGCACGGUCAACAUCCCACCCCUGUGUCAAAAUUUGUGGUAAAAUCCCCCUGGAUUCCCCCCCCCCCCCCUCAGGGUUGGGGGAAAGAAAUGAUAGGUGCAUUACUUGCCUAUGAAAAGAGUGAUUCAUUUGCCCAUGAAAGAACAAUUUAGAGGGUGCCUGAGUUGUUUUGUUAAAAGUUCUUUUACGAAUGUCUCGAAUUGAUCAAUGUUGUGAACAUUAACCCUAUUGCCUGUCAAGGAGGGAGAGCUGGCACACAAUGGAUUAAUCUGACUAACUACCCAUGUGUCUAGUUGAAUACUCCAUUAAGUUGCAUUGGCCUCAAUGUGCCCUACUUUCUUAUUUUACUCUGUCUAAUACCAGUCAGUGGGAGAGCACUGGCACUCAAUGGGUUACUAUUUAAAAGUUAGAUUUAGUAAUGCAUUAUUCAGUUUAUUUUAUUUUAUUUUAAAAUAGGAUUCUGUGGACAGCGUAAUAACAACGUUGGACCCAGGAAUGGAGGACUACUUACGUAAGUGUGAAAACUUGCUUAUGAUGACCAUGCUUAUUAUCUCCAUUAGAAGAUUGUGUUUUACCUUUAGUUUUUGUGUGUCUGUAUGUUUGUGUGUUAGCAGAUAAGUCAAAAGCUAUCAAUCAUUUUAACUCAUUAAGGUGCAACACUCUCACCUCGCAUUAGACAGAGUAAAAUAAUAAAGUAGGCUGCAUUUGGGUGCAUUGCAGCUCAUUGGGUUGAUAGGAAAAGUUGUGGAGCUAGUGGUCAUAAGAGAAGGACAACCUGAUCAAAUUUUGGUUAAAUUUGCAUAAACAUUGAAUGAGAAAUUUACAAAUGUGAAUAUAAAUACUUGUCUUUCUUUGGCUGGGGUAGGCAGUCAAAUAUAUGAUAUGCAAUUUUUUAAAAAAAUUAACAUACACAAAUACACCUGAUGUUGCACACUGUUUUUUCCACCAUGAAAUUUUCCAUUAAACUGCUGGUUAUUGCCACUAGAAUCAUUUUUGAAAAAAAUAUUAUCAACAUAAACAUUUUGUUUAAUUUAGAUAAAUAGAGCAUUAAUUAUUACAAUAAGGGGAAACUGCCAUAAGUUAAUAAUAUAUUCAGUCAUUAACACACUGUACAAUAUGAUUGAAUAUUAUUGAUAAGGAUAUACAAAUAUAGAUUAUUAAUUAAUAUAUACAAUACAUAAUUAAUAUACAACUGCAGUAGCUUCACUUCUUGCCUCAUGCAUUUGUGGAAGUUCUUGCCAGGUAUAACUAUCGAAUCUAAAACUUUCUACUGAUUUUAAGAUAUUUUUUCUUUCAUCUUGGCCUCCCAUGACAAUCACAGUGUCUCUGACAACUACAGCCACACAUCCACUCCUCUUAUGCUUCAUGUCUGGUAACAUACGACUCUUCUGAGUCUUGAUGUUAUACAUUAAAACUUUGUUCAAUGGUUUAUUCUCACUGUCAGCACCGCCCAUUAUCAUGACAUUGUCAUCAUCCCACUUGACCGUGGCCAUUUCAUACACGGGGUAAGGGAGGGGUGCUAACUUCUGGCAUUCAUUCGUAGUGAUGUCAUACAUAACAUUUCCAAACUCUGAGCCAGUCCUAGAGACUCCUUUCCCUCCGACAAUCAAGAUCUUAUCACCAAAGAUUGCAACACCAUGGCACCAUCUUCCCUGUGGCAUGGUAGCCAACGGUCUACUGGUAUAAGGUUGAACAAGGGAAAUCUCAGUAAUACUGUCAGAACAGGCAAUUUUAUUAGCAUCAACACCUCCAAUAACUAUCAGCCGUCCAUUAUAAACUACACUGCAUUGUCCUGCUGACUGUGCAGGUAACUCAGCAGGAACAUUUUCCCAAGGUAUGGACUGCUCAACAUGAACAGCAUUCAAAGAUAAUUUUUCCAUUGACUUGAUCCAGUCUCCAUCAAAACCUCCCACAACAAAAAUGUGAUUGUUGUGAACUACUGAAGAUGCUAAUUCCCGACAUUUUCUCAUUAGCUGUAGUGGUGUCCAUCUUCCAGUUGCCAGACUGAACAUUUCCACUGAGUUUAAUAUUCCAUCUUUGCUCCUGCCUCCAGCAAUAACAACUUUCAGCCCUAUGUCCGUUCCAUCGGCUUCUGCAAUUCCUUUCUUCAUAUGUUCAGCCAGAACUUCAUGCGAUGUUUGUUGUGUCAGUCUUUCCAGUUGCUUCGUAAUUUCAUUUAAACUUUUCUUCAUUUCUACAUUGUCCGCUUUAAGUUGACGAUUGCUUUCUUCCUGCUUGUUAAGUUGUUCUUGAACCAGUUCAACUUUUGCAACCACAUUUUCCACCACUGCUUUGAUGUUCUUUUCAUUUUUGUCCAAAUUUUCCACCAACUUUUCAUUCAUUGCUGCCAAAUUAACUUUCACUGUAUCUAUUUCUUGCCGAAUGUCCUUGCAGCUGUGACAUUGGACUCUGCGUAGUUCACACACAGCAGUUUCAUGAUGAAGUAAAUCUUGUUUAUUCACCUCAAGUUGACAUCCUUCAUUAGAGCAGACUGCUGGGGCGAAACCGCAUUCUGUAACAUGCCUUUCAAGAUCUCCCAGCUCAAUAAACUUUCCACAACCACGAUUGAAGAAUUCACAGCGAAUUUUUAAUUCCGACAAUAAGUUCGUCACGGUCCGAGGUGCUUGUCUUAGUGUUUCGACAGUGAGUGGUUGCAUACAGGUCGGGCAUGUCUGAAAGUUCAUGAGAUGUUUGGUGAUACAAGCUCUACAGAAGAUGUGUUCAUUAUGACACAUGGCUGCAUCUUUGAUGACAUUGGUGCAAAUACAACAGUGCAAAUUCUGGCUGACAAUAUGCUGAAACCGUUCAUCUUCAUAGCCAGUGUUGUAUGAUGCCAUUUUCUGUCUACAUAAAGGAAACAUAGAUUAAUAAUGUUAAUUAUGUUUAUAACAAUUUCUUGCGGUUAAAAACGAUGUUAGAUGUGGUUUCAAACUCUUAAGUAUUAAAGAAGCACUACUCAAAAUUCAAAUAUCAGUCAAUUUAAAUUAAUGAAAUAGUUCUGCUUGGGCAAAUACGAAUUCUAAGUUGAAAACCGACCUUGGCACCUUGCAGCAGUGCUGUCAUUAUCACAGACACAGUCAUAAUAGAUAUAAUCUUUCUUUAUAUUAAGCCUAGUUUACACUAUCAGUAUCAAAGUUUUUGUGAUCACAGUAGGAAUUUUGCAUUGGUAAACUCUAAGUUUGAAGGGUUUGUAAGAAAUGUUUGAGUUCCCUCAAACAUUUCUUACAAACCCUUCAAAAAGUUAGAUUUUGCCGAUGCAAAAUUCCUACUGUGAAUCUGUGAUCACAGAAACUUUGAUAUAGUAUAAACCAGUCUUUAGUUUAAUUCAGUUACGUGUUUCCAUUACAUAUUCCAGUUUGAUAUCAAACACAAGAUCAAUACACACAAAUGGACAAAUUUUACUCUUUCUACCAUCAUCUCAUCAACCUAUAAAUGUCAUUCCGGCUUACCUUAGCUUUACUUCAUUGAGGACUUGUAUUGUAGUGUAUUCACAUCGUUAAAAUUUAGACCAGUGUCCUUGAUUUCAUGAAAAGAAUGAGCAGUAGUCUGUAGAUGUUUAGUUUCGGUUUGACUUGAAUACGCCUUAAAAUAGCUGAAUAUUCAAUUACAUUGAAAUCGCGACAUUGUGCAAGUCUUGUGACGAAAGUUCGUGACCCCAUAGAUUAGAGGGCCGGAAGUUGCAUUUUUCGUAACUUCUCCUGGUUACUGUAGGUCUAAUAAAUGUAUAAAAAUUCCACUCAAAAUUUUCAUCUCCAAAACCCUUCAACAAUUAGUUAUACAUCGAGUGAGAUGCUUAAAAUCCAUCAAUUGACCACUUGCGUAAUAGACUAAAUUUUGAUCUAGACAAAAAUUUCAUCACAGCUUGAAAGCGCAUCACAAAAUUAGUAAUAUUCCAAAGUUUCGUUGCGAAAUGUUGUAAAAUGCGGAUAAUAUAUAGCCUUGCGAAGUUUGCCGUUUUUCAGUCAUUUUAGAUUAAUACAAACGUGAAAUUGACAGCCCAAUCGGGUGUUGGGGCAUCGAUUUCCCGUUUGUAAUCUAAAAUGACUGAAAAUUGCAAACUUCGCAAGGCUAUAUUAUCCGCAUUUUACAACAUUUUGCAACGAAAUUUCGCAAUAUUACUAAUUUUGUGAUGCUCUUUCAAGAUGUGAUGAAAUUUUUGUCUAGACUUGUUUAGAUCAAAAUUUAGUCUAUUACGCAAAUGGUCAAUUUACCCGUACACCUGCAGUACAUUGGCAUCAACAGGGGUGGAAAACAUAUAUAGGCGAGCAUGCGAGCACUGAAAUCGGUUAAACAUCUGCGACAUCUGCAGGAAAUUCAUUUAAAUGAAGAUUUGCUAUUGCGAAUUUGAAGGAAACCUUAACACCCAUCCAGCAUGUCCCAGUAUGGGCGCAACAACAAAUAUGGUUGACAGACAUUAUUCCUUGAAUUUAAAACCAUGGUCAGCUAGAACACUAUAUGUUUAUGCACAUGCAGAUUUGGGUCAUUUGGCACAAAAAUACUCCGUUGGUCUGCAGGAAAUUCUAUUUCUCCAGGUUGUGCUCCCAGGAAGAGAAUUCUUUUUUCCUGCCCUGGGCAUCAAUUUUGUAUUUAUACAUGAACUUGUGGUUAGAGUUUGACAACUGACCUCUGUAUUGCUCAAUUGGUUAGAGCGCUACAUCUACAUACACCGAAAUCACAACUGCUCCUGGGUUGGUUUAAUAAAUGUAUGAAAAUUCACAGUCGAAAUUUCCAUCUACAAAACCCUUCUCAAUAGACAAUUCCAGUUAUCGACUAAUUUUUUAUCUAGACAAGAAGGACGAAAUAUAUUAUAUCAUUUAUAGCUCAAAAGAGCAUCCUAAAAUUAGUAAGAUUGCAAAGUUUGGUUGCGAAAUGUUGUAAAAUAUGGAAAAUAUAUAGGCUAUAUAGCCCUGUGAAAUUAGCAAAUUUAGAGUAUUUUAAUAUUACGCGCGGCAAAAAUAACCAUUUUUGAGCCGAAGGUGGUGCAUUUUCCCUCGCGUAAUACAAGACAUACAAUGCACAAUAGUACAAUGCACCAUGAUAAUUUCUCAUUUUACUCUGUCCAUUGCUAUAUGAUUUACUCGUCAAAGGGAAGUGUUGAAGAUGGGGUUAAACGUUCUAAUAUUUGAACAGUAAUAGUUAAACGUAAUUGAAUACAUAUACUGUAGAACAUAUUACAACAAGAGAUCACUGGAUAUUACAUUUUAGUCAAUUUACAUCUAGUUCCAUGCAUUUCUGAAAGUUUUUUUUCAGGUGAAAUAAUCGAAUUUAAAUCAUUCUACAGUGUUUAGCCACCAUGUAUCAAUGUGUGUAUGUUUGAUUAACAUUUACAAAUACAAAAAUAAAUAUAUUGUUAAUAUACGCAACAGACUGUCGCAACAAUAUAUAAUUAACACACAACUGCUGUAGCAUUGUAUCUUUCUUCAUGCAUUUCUGCAAGUUCUUCCCAAGUAAAGCGAUCGAAUCUAAAACUUUCUACAGACUUUAAGUAAUUUCCUCUUUCAUCAUAGCCACCCAUGACAAUCACAGUGUCUCCAACAACUGCAGCCACACAUCCUCUCCUCUUAUAAAGCAUCUCGGGUAACAUAUAACUCUUUUCACUCUGAAUAUUGUACAUUAGAACUUUGCUCAAUGAUCCUGAUUUCUUGCCCCAGCCUCCCAAUAAAAUGAAAUUAUCAUUCCAUUUAAUCAUUGCCAUGCCAUAGACAUGAUAAGGGAGUGACGUCAUUCUCCUGAAAACAUUCUCAGUGAUAUCAUACUCUAAUACAGUGCCUUCAUUCAAAAGUCCUCCAACAAUCAAAAUCUUAUCACCAAACAAUGCUACACCAUGAUAACUUCUUCCCUGUGGCAUGGUAGCCAACACUUUACUGAUGUAAGGGGGAAGAAGGGAAAUCUCAGUUAUUCUAUUACUACUAGGUGAGGCGAAAAUAUUAUCAACACCUCCAAUCACUAUCAAAUGUCCAUUAUAAACUACACUGCAGUGUUUUUCUAAAGGUACAGGUAACUCAGCAGAGAGGUUUUCCCACGUUGUUGACUGAUCAGCCUGAACAGCAAUCAAUGAUAAUCUCUCUAUGGAUUUGACAUAACCUCCACUGACAAAAAUGUGAUUGUUGUGAACAACUGAAGAUGCUCCUUCGCGAUAUUCUCUCAUUGGCUGAAGUGGUGUCCAGGUUCCAUUUGAUAGACUGAACAUUUCAACAGAAUUUAACUUUGCGCUCCUAUUCUUGCCUCCAGCGACAACAAUCUUCGGCUCUCUGUCUACUCCAUCUGCAGCUUCUGCAAUUCCUUUUUUCAUUUCUUCUGCCUGAACUUCAUGUGAUGUUUGUUGUGUUAUUCUUUCCAGUUGUUUCGUAAUUUCAUUUAAACUUCUCUUCAUUUCUACAUUGUCCGCUUUGACCUGGCGAUUGCUUUCUUCCUGCUUGUUAAGUUGUUCUUGAACCAGUUCAACUUUGCUAACCACAUUUUUCUCCACUGCCUUGACAUUGCUUUUCAGGUUUUUCUCAAUUCUCCCAAAGUCUUUCUCAUUUCUGUCCAACUUCUCAUUUAUUGCUGCCAAAUUAACUUUCACUGUAUCCAUCUCUUGUCGAAUGUCUUUGCAGCUGUGACAUUGAACUCUGCGUACUUCACACACAGCAGUUUCAUGAUGAAGUAAAUCUUGUUUAUUUACCUCAAGUCGACAUCCUUCGUUAGAGCAGACUGCUGGGGCGAAACCGCAUUCUGUAACAUGCCUUUCAAGAUCUCCCAGCUCAAUAAACAUUCCACAACCACGAUUGAAGAAAUUACAUCGAAUUUUUAGUUCCGACAAUAAGUUCGUCACGGUCCGAGGUGCUUGUCUUAGUGUUUCGACAGUGAGUGGUUGCAUACAGGUUGUGCAUGUCUGAAAGUUCAUGAGAUGUCUGGUGAUACAAGCUCGGCAGAAGAUGUGUUCAUUAUGACACGCGACUGGGUCUUUGAUGACAUUGGUGCAAAUACAACAGUGGAAACUCUGGCUGACAAUCUGUUGAAACCGUUCAUCUUCAUAACCAGUGUCGUAUGACGCCAUGUUCUGUUUACAUUAUAGAAAAAUACAUGUAUAUUGGUGAUGUUUGUAUCUGGCUACGUUUACACUAUAACGGAUAGUUUUCCAUAGCGGCGCGAAAAAGCGCUUAUCCGAUACGGAAUGUACAACUUUCAGAAGCUGAGCGAAACAACAUCUCCCUGUUGCAAUAAUUCCUCUCGAAGUAGCGUUCCUAAAAGGUACGUAUAGGUGCUUUUUUACGUCGCUACGGAAAGCUGUUCUGUACAAUGUAAACGUAGCCUCUAUUUUGUGUGGGCAAAGAUGUGAGCAAUUGUACUUUUUAAGAAAGUCUUUACUUCGUGAGAAUGUACAUAAAAGAAACGAUUGAGACUUGAGAGCAAACAAGUGAUGCAAGAUGUUUCCUUUGCACAUAUAUUACAUCAUUUACAUGUACGUCGUUUUGUUAAAAAUCUUAUGGUCAUGAACGUCAAAAUUAUAAAUUAUACCGUAUAAAGUACAUUUUAACACUCACAGUAUGGAAAUGAGAAAAUGAUGUUACUGUAAAUGUUUCCAUUACAUGGUUUUGCCAUCAAACACAAGAAGUCAAGAUCAAUAUGUUUCAGACAGACUACAGAACAGUAAAUAUAUAAUUUCAUUCUGUCUUACGACUCUUACCUUCGCUUCACAUCGCGUUUUACAUCUUGUUAUUCAAUAGUUUAUUCACACCGCUGAAGUUUAAAACACUAUCCUUGAAUUGAGCAAAAGAAUGAACUGUAUAGCAUGAGAGAACAGUCAAAAAUUUAAAAUUCUUUGAGAUCAAGUGUCGUCAAGUGUCUGAGUUUAGUUUCAGUUUGAGUUGAAUACGCCUUUAAAUUCCUGAAUAUUCAAUUAAAUUAAAUUCAAAUUGAGCUAAGUCUUGUGAUAAAAGUUCAUGACCUAUAAGCUUCCUGUGUUAACUUUUGCCAGUAUAGAUUGCGCAAUUCUAGCUAGUUCGUCUAAACAGUUAACCAGAGUAUGUACCUGCGUUUCUUGUUUUAACAUGGUUAAAAUCUUGUUUUAACAUGGUUAAAACCAUUACGCCACAAUGCGCCAUGAAUCCCAUGAUAAUUUCUCAUUUUAAUAUUUGAACUGUAUUAGUAAACAUAAUUGAAUACAUAAAACAUAUUAUUACAACAAGAGAGCACUGGAUAUUACAUUAGUCAAUUUACAUCUAGUUUCACGCGUUUCUGAAAGUUUUUUUUUCAGGUGAAAUAAUCAAAUUUAAACUGAUCAUUCUACAGUGUUUAGCCACCAUGUGUCAAUUAUGUGUGUAUGUAUGAUUAACAUACAACUGUUGUAGCCUUGUAUGCAAAUAAUUAACAUACAACUGCUGCAGCCUUGUAUCUUUCUUCAUGCAUUUCUGCAAGUUCUUCCCAAGUAAAGCGAUCGAAUCUAAAACUUUCUACAGACUUUAAGUAAUUUUGUCCUUCAUCAUAGCCUCCCAUGACAAUAAUAGUGUCUUUGACAACUGCAGCCACACAUCCUGUCCUCUUAUAAAGCAUCUCGGGUAACAUAUAACUCUUUUCACUCUGAAUAUUGUACAUUAGAACUUUGCUCAAUGGUCUUCCUUUCUUGCCCCAGCCUCCCAAUAAAAUAAAAUUGUCAUUCCAUUUAAUCAUUGCCAUGCCAUAGACAUGAUAAGGGAGUGAUGUCAUUCUCCUGAAAACGUUCUUAGUGAUAUCAUACUCUAAAACAGCGCCUUCAUUCAAAAGUCCUCCAACAAUCAAGAUCUUAUCACCAAACAAUGCUACACCAUGAUAUCUUCUUCCCUGUGGCAUGGUAGCCAACAGUUUACUGAAAUAAGGGGGGACAAGGGAAAUCUCAGUUAUUCUAUUUCUACUAGAUGAGGCGAAAAUAUUAUCAGAACCUCCAAUCACUAUCAACCGUCCAUUAUAAACUACACUGCAGUGUCCUUGCAUUAGUACAGGUAACUCAGCAGAGAGGUUUUCCCAAGGUGUGGACUGAUCAGCAUGAACAGCAUUCAAUGAUAAUCUCUCUACGGAUUUGACAUCGUCUCCCAUGACAAGUAACUGAUUGUUGUGAACAACUGAAGAUGCUUCUUCGCGAUAUUCUCUCAUUGGCUGAAGUGGUGUCCAGGUUCCAUUUGAUAGACUGAACAUUUCCACAGAAUUUAACUUUCCGUUCCCAUUCUUGCCUCCAGCAACAACAAUCUUCAGCUCUCUGUCCAUUCCAUCAGCUUCUGCAAUUUCUUUUUUCAUUCCUUCAGCCUGAACUUCAUGUGGUGUUUGUUGUGUCAUUCUUUCCAGUUGUUUCAUAAUUUCAUUUAAACUUUUCUUCAUUUCUACAUUGUCCGCUUUAAGCUGACGAUUGCUUUUUUCCUGCUUGUUAAGUUGUUCUUGAACCAGUUCAACCUUAGCAACCACAUUUUUCUCGACUGCUUUGACAUUCUCCACAUUGCUUUUCAGGUUUUCCUCAAUUCUCCCGAAAUCUUUCUCAUUUCUGUCCAACUUUUCAUUUAUUGCUGCCAAAUUAACUUUCACUGUAUCCAUCUCUUGUCGAAUGUCUUUGCAGCUGUGACAUUGAACUCUGCGCAGUUCACAAACAGAAGUUUCAUGAUGAAGUAAAUCUUGUUUAUUCACCUCAAGUUGACAUCCUUCGUUAGAGCAGACUGCUGGGGCGAAACCGCAUUCUGUGACAUGCUUUUCAAGAUCUCCCAGCUCAAUAAACUUUCCACAACCACGAUUGAAGAAUUCACAUCGAAUUUUUAAUUCCGACAAUAAGUUCGUCACGGUCCGCGGUGCUUGUCUAAGUGUCUCGACAGUGAGUGGUUGCAUACAGGUCGGGCAUGUAUGAAAGUUCAUGAGAUGUGUGGUGAUACAAGCUCGGCAGAAGAUGUGUUCAUUAUGACACAUGGCUGCAUCCUUGAUGACAUUGGUACAAAUACAACAGUGCAAAGUCUGGCUGACGAUAUGUUGAAACCGUUCAUCUUCAUAGCCAGUGUCGUAUGAUGCCAUUUUCUGCCGUCUGCAUAGAAAAAUACAUAGUUUAAUGUUCAUAUCAAUUUCUGUGGGCAGAACAUUUGAAUCCAAUUGUAUUUUUUAAAAACCAACAUCUUGCGAAAUAUACAUUAGAGAAACGAUACUAAAUGUUGUUUUCAAUUCUUCUAAGUAGAAACACUUAUUUAAAAUUCAUGUAUUCAUGCACGAGACGAUCCUGCUUCGAGAGAAUCGGGCUAGAAGCGAGCAUAUAGGAAAGAUAUUCACGCAUGGUUGAAGGCCCUUUGUCUGGGAGUUAGUAUUGUGGGCCUUCGCUCGAAACGUCGAAGCUAUAUAAUGUUUAUAUUUCAGUUUAGCCCUUUAGAUCUAAAUCUUUCAACUCGCGAAUAUUGUUUAUCGCUGCCUCCAACAUUCAACUUAUAAUAUAAUAAAAUACAUGUAAUUGAAGUAGGUUUAAAACUGCCAUGAAACGUGUAAAUAUCAAUUUCUUUGUUAACUCAUUGUGUGCAUAUGUAGCCACGUUGAAGCGGUGCUGUCGUUUAUCUGCUAUGCUUAUUGAAACUUCCUUAAAUAGAUGGGUUUUAGUUAUGUGUUUUACAUCGUGCUAGACAUGCAUGAUAUCAAAUGUAUGGACAUGUAUGGGAGCAAGAAAAGGUGCUAAAUGUUUCCAUCACAUGUAUUGCCACCAAACACAAGUUCAAUACAUACCGGUACCGUACAGUGAACAAUUUAUUCAUGCGGAUGUAGUGUCUCAUUUUAUAGUCAUAGUGAUUCAGUGAAACCAAACUAAGUAAUUAUAAUUUCAUUCAGUCUUACCUUUAUUUCUCUCAGGAUCUAGAGUUUGACUUCAUUUACAUCGCUUAAAUAAAAAUUAAAAACACUUGAUUGGAUCAAAAGAAUGAACAGUAGUUUGAAAGGACAGUCAAAAUUCUUUGAGAUAACACGUCACUAUAUAUGUGUACUUGUGUUUGGUUUCACUUUGAGUUGAAAAUGCCUUAAAAUUCAUAAAUAUUUAAUUACUGGUUGAAAUUGCGAAAUUGUGCAAGUCUUGUGACUAAAGUUCAUGACCUCACGCAUUCAUGCAUAGGAUGUCGUUUGGAUAGAUUUAAUUUUGAUCUAAUAGAAAUAUGCAGUAAAAAUUAUGUUAGUUUAUUUAACUCUCUAUACUGUAUUGAACAAAACAUUAAUCGUAAAACACGGCUUCUUUCAUUUCUAGAUAAGACUGACUCGGAUACAAUCAAUAUCUUGAUUACCUCAACAGAUGAAGAGAUUAUCGAUGGAAUAAAAGAUGGUUUUAAGCAAGUAUUCUCGCACGUCUUAGUACGACAUCAAGCAUCUCGUUCCAGUCUCGCUCCUCUUCCCAACAGUUUUUCUUCGGCUUUAAAAAGUGCCAAACAACGAAUAUCCAAUCUGCGUUCAUCAACUCCUCCUGAAGUUGGGCUAGUUGUGAUUGCUGUUGAAGAGUUUAUUGCUGAAAUAAUGCCCGAAAUGUAAGUACUUUGCUAAUAAAUCAGUAGAAGUUUGACCUCUCUGGGGUUUGUAUAAAUUUAUGCAGUUAUGGAUCAUAUUGGAUGACAUGGAGAACAGUAGGAUUUUGAAAACAAUGGAAAGACAAUCUCAAACUCAUCAGAAUUCAUGAGUAAAUUAGCCAACCAUAUUGCUUUAUUUUGCUCACAUGAUAAUACUGAUCAAAUCAUAUGAUAAUACUGAUCAGUAGAACAUUCUGUCUGAUCAGUGGGUCAUGACUGGAUGGCAUGGAGAACAGUGGGGUUUUCAAAACAAUGAAAAAACAAUGGAACAUUCUGAUCAGUGGAUCAUGACUGGAUGACAUGGAGAACAGUGAGAUUUUCAAAACAAUGAAAAGACAAUGGAACAUUCUGAUCACAGGAUCACUGACUGGAUGGUAUGGUGAACAGUGGGAUUUUUAAAACAAUGAAAUUAAACAAUGACACAUUCUGGUCACUGGAUCAUGACUGGAUGACAUGGAGAACAGUGGGAUUUUCAAAACAAUGAAAAGACAAUCAUGGAUCGUGACAAGAUGGCACUAUUGUUUAUGAAUACGAAGAUAAUCGUUGUUGUUCUAUCAGACAAUUACAACAAAUUUCAUUAUGUUUCCAGGUGGUUUGGUAUGCUUUGUCUCUGUCUAGAUGACUCUUCACAAAAACUCGAAGUGGAAACAUUCUCACAAGCUCUUGCUCUUCCUAACGAUGUUCUCAAGAAACUUGAGGAGCUGACACCAAGUACUUACAGUCUCCGCUGGUCAGGGCUUAGUGUUAGCCUGGCCGAUGUACUGCAAAGUAACUGGACCAACUUUUUAGCAGGUAAGGUAGAGAGUAUUAUUGUGCAUGUAGAUUUAUUUUAUCAGUAGCUGAGUUUCACAAAGCAUUAGAUUUCACAAAGCAUUAGAUUUCACAAAGCAGCAGAUGAUGGCCAAGCUGCAGUUAUCAGAAUGAGAAAAUAAUGUUGAUUCUUUUCAUUUUAUGUAGUAGUCUUGUAUAUUUAGUGGCAAAUAAAAAAAAAAUGAGAUAAAAUUCAAUUUUCUUGCUCUCAGUUAUAAUUGUCAAUUUUUCUGACGUUGAGCACCAUCUGCCGUAACACGAAACCCACCGAUCGGUUGUAUUUAUGCUACAACAUAUUUGUUCUAUAGGUGUCCCAAAGAGACAAGUUGUGACCCUGGCUGCUAAAACAUUAGCUGGACAAUAUCGAGAAACGGUUCAGAGAAACGCAUCUUUAAUAGAGAACUCAGUCACACUAUAA